CAAUGGAUUUCAUCUCCGCCGAGAAGGAAUAUGGAUCACCAUUUUAUGAUAUGCAUCGCGCCGACUUGCAUAAAGCCCUCUUCGAUCGAGCAACUGAGCUUGGUGCUGAAGUACACGUCAAUUCCUUGGUUACUGACGUCCGAUUUGACACCGUCAAUAACCUGGCAUUCGUGACUACUAAAAGUGGCAAGGUAUGGCAGGCAGAUCUCGUUGUUGGUGCAGACGGACUUCACUCUCGGUGUCGAGCUUUCAUCCUCGGAAAACAAGAUCACCCUCGUCGUACUGGAGAUAUGGCGUACCGACUCUUGUUAGACGGUGAUGAAAUUCGAGCAGACCCUGAAUUGACGCCAAUCGUUGAAAACCGAGCUGUGACUUAUUGGUACGGUCCUGGUGCACAUAUUGUUACAUAUGCACUUCGUCAACGGAAACUUUUGAACAUGGUACUUCUGGUGCCAGAUGACAUGCCAGAGGAUGGCCCAUCGACGUUAGCAGGACAGGUAGACGAGAUGCAGGAUUUGUUCAAAGACUGGGAUCCGAGGAUCGGCAAGCUUCUGUCGAAAUGCAAGUCUGUACUGCGAUGGCGGUUAUCGAUCUGGGAUCCAAUUGAGUCUUGGAUCCACCCCAGUGGAUGCAUGGUGCUCCUUGGUGACUCUGUUCAUGCUACACUGCCAUAUCUCGCCAGUGGAGCCGGAAUGUCGUUCGAGGAUGGAGCAGUACUUGGUCACUGUCUGACAGGAAUCACCAAAUCAGCUAUGAAAGAGCGGCGGAAGGCACUGGAAGUCUACCAGUCUUGUCGUAUGAAACGCACCAAUGCAAUCGUGGAGAAAGGGAAUAUACAGCAGGAUAUAAACCAUUUCGAUGAUGGUCCUGAACAGAUCGAUCGAGAUCAGAAGAUGAAGGCGUUCGCGAAACUAUACGAGCAAGAUCAACGGGGCGAGUCUCUCGAAUGGGGCAACCUGAAGCGAGGAGAAGAUCCUUUGGUCUGGAGAAAAUUUGGUGCUGGAGAGUGGCUGCUAUCGUACCAGCCUAAGGAGGACGUCGAGAAGAGGUGGCAGGAGGUGGGCUUUGCUAGCCAAGAAGGGGCCUCUGAUACAGCCCGGCUAUAG